GACCUCAAUCUCGCGAUUUAUGAAGAUGUGAGGAGUCAGAAGCUGAAAACAUGGCAAAUGAACACGGACAGAAGUGGGACCGAUGCUUAGCUGAUAGCGCUGUGAAGAUAGCGACCGGCCUUGGCGUGGGGAUUGUGUUCUCAGUCCUCUUCUUCAAACGGCGCACUUGGCCGGUGGCAUUUGGUUCAGGUGUGGGGCUGGGCAUGGGCUACUCCAACUGCCAGCAGGACUUCAGGUCACCUUACCAGCUCCAUGGUCACAGGGUAAAGGAACCGUAGAAGACUGAUGAGAGUUGGCUGAUGUAGAAGUUGUCUCGUCCUCUUUAUUUUUCUGCUUGUUUUUAUUUUAUUUUGCUGCUUGUCUCUCUGCCACCCAAUGUAAUUACUGUGUGAGUCUCACAGGGCAGUCGUGUAUUUGUGUGUGUAUAUAAGUAAUGAAUCAUUUGACAGAAUAUUAUUCCUGAUCUACUUCUGUCUUGUAUCUGUGUGAAUAAAGUUUGAAUGCUAACAAAGAA